AUGAUCAUUGCCCCCCGCCCAGUGCAACACCCGACGAAAGCGGAAGGUAAAGAUCAGCAAACUGCUGCCUACCCACCGGAGGAUUCGUUGCGGGGAACUUUCAGUGAAUGUGCCUACACGCCGGCAUUCAGUAUUAAUAAUAACAAAGAAGCACCGUUAUCAUGUGCUUUGGAUGACUCCUUUCAUGCAGGCCUGUCGUUGACGCCGAAGGAGGGCGAGCCUUCACUCCGACAUUGGAGUGAUCUUUCAAACCUUCAAACUGCGGAAAUACUAUGUUCGGACACGUUGGAGGCCUUUGACAGUGCUAACGGAUUGGAGGAAGGUGAUUACCAUAACACCCACUCUGAAUUUCUAUUUGGAGAUCGAAAGAAAUUGGUUUCACGAUCUUCUUCGAUAUUCCGCCAACGGGCUGCAUACAAGUACGAGGAUCCGCCUGCAAUUCAGGCCUCGGAUCAUAAACUAGCUGACGAUGUUGAUUCGAUUCGAAAACAGGCAUCUCCCUCUGAGUUGACAUACUCACCACAGCGUCGCAGUCUUGCAAUGGCUUAUCAAGAGCACUGGCACAACCGUUUCCCCCCAUAUAAUUUUCUUACGGCUCACGACCCUAUCUCGCUCCCACCGGCACCCUCGAUAUCAGUUCAGCGGGAUUACAUCACUCCAGCGGUUGAACCACACCGAGGCUGCGGGCAACCCAUUCCAGCGCACAUACCAGCAACCCAAUACGGUACCGGCAUCGUUUCUCAAACCGAACACUCGACGGCACCCACUGUUUGUGCUGAACCGUGCCCGCGCUACUUAGAAGGAUCCACGUCUUCACCAAGUAUCUCGCCCCCAGGGAUCAUACGGUCUCAAUCAGAUCCGGGUCCAAAUCCAUGGCCUUCUCACUCGCUUGAUGCCUCAAUGUAUUCCUACUCUUCUUCUGAUCACCCUCCUCUGGAAGAUCAAUCGUUGUGGAAUCUUUCCUCCUUGCCGAAUAGGAGCAUCCCACCCUACGGUCAUAUUAGCUAUCCGACUGCAUUCAUGGCACCCAUUCCCCAACGACUCCAGAAUCGCAUGAGCCACGCUGUCGGCCCGGUCCAGGAGAAUGGCUUAGCUAUCCAUGUCGACCAUCGCACUGAAAUGUCUCCCGUAUCUGUCUCUACUAUGCGUAUCUCACCACCUUCCUGCCCAGCACCUUCUGCUGGCCAAUCGUACCCACUUGAAGUUGACCCUCUCCCCCGAUCGUCGCAUUUCGAUCCGCUUCACUACUCGACUCCACCAUCGCAUGCGCCUUCAUUCUCGCCAGUCGUAACACAACCCACUAUGGCAGCUAAUCGAGUGACACAUGUUCACAAAAACCUCCAUCGUCCAUCUAACUCUCGCCGCCAUAGUACUAGCUUUCAACGACGAACGCAUCCACGCAAACCCCCAUCAGUUCCCAAGGCUGGCAAAGCAAUACCAACGCAUACUCCCACCAAUACCACCAACAUGAACAAAAGUCCGGUUGACAUUUCUUUUGUGAAUUUAACUCCCAAUGAUAGCCAUAAGCUACUCACAGGGGUUGCACCAAGCGGCAGUUCCAAGACUAAGGCUAGGCGGGAACAAGAGGCGCGAGAAAAGAGAGAAUUAUUUACUAGUAACGCGAUAAAGGCCGUCCAAAUGUGUGGAGGUGAUGUUGAAGGACUAAAGACGGUCCUCAGUUAG